GUUCAGACCGUAAGCUUGUAGUGAUGAGAAGAAACAAUGAUGAGGAACAGAGAACAGUUUGGGACUGAAGCCAAAGUGACACAGUUUACAGCCUAACUCUGCUAAGAGUGAAUUGUGGCAAAAUAUUUUAAGUCAUUUUGUUGUUUUGCCUUUUUUUUCCAGCCAUAUCAAAGGUUUAGCACAUACAAGAACUCUCUCAUCUGGAUUUUAACAAUUUAUUACACUGGAAUUCUGAAGAAGAAACCUAACUGUGAUAUCAAUUUAUUUCAUGCUGUAAAGGGAUCAGUUCUGAAAAUGCUUUUGCUUUUAUAUGCUGUCAUUCUGUUUGGCAAUCAAAGCCUUUCAUUGUCCAUGUCUGGUGGUUGUUCACAUCUUGAGCAAGUUUAAACAUUUAUAUAUUUUUUGUUUGUUGCCUCUAUUAUGAAGCUGUGUCUGAAAAGAAUUUUUAUUGCUCUAUUUGGUGCACUCAUCACUUGUUUUCUGGUGAUUUUCAUGGAUCUCCAUGCUGGGACUAACUGGGGAAAAGACUAUACACCUGUCCUGUACACUGCAGAGUCGUCAGAUGCCUUGCAGCCUUCUGCAGAGUCUCAUUACUGGUCUCAUAGAAAAUCCUUUUGGAACAGGACUCUGUUAUCAUUUGGGAAGAGGCUGCUAGGUCAGGGGAAGUUAUUGGAAGGACUGGUCGAAGAUAACACUGUAUCGGACCAGAAAGGUAAACUCCCUCUGAGAAAACUCGACAUAAAGGAUAUAUUUGUGGCUGUAAAGACCACUAAAAUGUUUCAUCGCUCUAGGUUACAAUUGCUGUUGGACACUUGGAUAUCUAGGAUCGGACAGCAGACAUACAUUUUUACUGAUGUGGAAGAUGAAGACCUGAUGAAGAAAAGAGGUUACCAUUUCAUUACAACUAACUGUUCCUCGGAACAUAGCAGACAAGCUCUUUCUUGCAAGAUGGCAGCAGAAUAUGACACCUUUAUAGCAAGUGGACUACGCUGGUUUUGCCAUGUCGAUGAUGACAACUACCUGAACCCAUUUGCUCUUUUGAGGCUACUAACAAAAUACUCACACACUCAGGAUCUCUAUAUUGGAAAACCUAGCCUAAAUCGUCCAAUUGAGGCAUCAGAACCAUUGCCCAACAACAAUUCAAGAUCAGUACAUUUCUGGUUUGCAACUGGAGGUGCUGGAUUUUGUCUCAGCAGAGGACUAGCACUAAAAAUGGCACCGUGGGCAAGCGGGGACAACUUUCUCAAAACAUCUGAGCUGAUUCGACUUCCUGACGAUUGCACAAUUGGCUACAUCUGUGAAUCAAAGCUUGGCAUCAGAUUAACUCACAGUCAUCUGUUUCACUCACAUCUUGAGAAUCUCCAGCUGCUCCAAAAAUCACAAAUUACAGAUCAGGUUACCCUUAGUUAUGGAGUUUUUGAGAAUAAAGAUAACAUCAUAGAAGUAAAUGGGCCAUUUUCAGUACACGAUGACCCUUCAAGGUUUAAGACAAUCCAUUGUCUUCUUUAUCCAGACACAUCUUGGUGCCCUCAGGACAUUUUCUAAAUACAGACAAUGCUGCAAUGGUUAAUGAACUGAUAUAUGCUUCAAACAAGCACUCGCUUUUCUUUGAUUGCACUUUGAGAAGCACUUUAUACAUCAGUUGCCAAAAUGAAAUGACAGUGGUUUCUUGAGCCUUAAUCCACUGGAAUUUAGCCACAGAGGAGACAUUUAGUCAUUGAGUUCAGGAAUGCAUUUACCCGGAAGCAAACAUCAGUGCAAUAAAAGUUAUGCAGAGAGUGAACUUUAAGACACUUUAGAAUGUGUUUCAGCCACAUGAGUAGAGGGACACUUAAAAACUACAAAGGUGCAAACAGGAGAUGUUUCCUCUGCAAUUAUCCUGAUGCAGAAGAGAGCAGCAUAUGAAAGAGACACACAGGGUUACUGCCUGCAUAAUACAUUUUCACAAACUUGGAAACAUGGACUAGGACAAGGUUGUAUGAGCUGAUUAAAUCAGCUACAAUGUGAAUGGUUAUAUGUUGAUGUUCUGUACAGCCAGUCCACGUGAAAAAAUGUAUAAAGUGCACAAUCGAGUAAAAGUAUUGUUAAUACAUUAAAAACAAACACACUGCUGCUGUCAGCAUUUAAACCUCUACACGCUAAUAUAUAUUUCUUGCCUUUGAAAGAUUGCCUAAUUUCAUAAGGUAAAAUAUGAGGGAAUAUAUGAAUUAUAUGUGCUGAAAGAGCAGGUCUCUAUUGUUUGGUUCCUAUAAGCCCAACAUUCUUAGGUAGUUAGUAGGCUUGUGGUCCAGGAGACCAUGGAUAAGCCUAGUCCAAUUUAACCAGUGUCCUACAGUACUGUCUGCUUACAUGACUUACUGAAUGUUACAUAGAAGGCAAAUAAAGGCGUACUGAAUCAACCCAUUUACCCCAGGAACCAGCUCAUUAGCACUCCACAAUAGCCUUAAUGCCCUGCACUAACUGCCAGACAUUUCAAUUACCUUGAUGUUCUUCUUUCAUUUAUUUUUCCCAAACACAUCUAUAUCACAAAUACAGCUCUGUAGUAGCAUCUGUGUGUGAUUUAUUGAUUGUGUUGUAUAUGUAAAUGGUGCAGUUGCUUUUUUUAGUCAUACAGACUUGGUACAAUUAGUUUAAGCCCUUAGCCUGUGCUGAGUUGCACCUGUAAACGCCACCAUUAAAUAACAUGCACAGGAAGAGUCAAUGAAUUCCAUGCAGCUGCAUGUAUGCUUUCUCACUUAUCAUUGCAAAAGCUUGGAUCUGCAAAGUAAAAUAGAUUUUUGCUACCUGAAAGGAAAAAAAAUCAAAUGUUUAUGAAAUGAAAUAGCAGAUGUCAUAACUUUUAUAUGUGUUUUUGAGGCUGUGAUGGACCAUGUGUCAAAUUAACAAUAAAUUCCUUUUUAUGGCUCAUA